AGGAAACUAAAAAAAAUAGUAGUUCUUGUCCUGGCAGUUCAUUGCCAUGAAAAGGAGGAUAUGAUAGUUUGCCCUAUGAAACAGAUUUAUACGUGAAAUCUGGCAGGUAGCACAACGACCUGUGGAAUAUGAGUGAUGACAAACCCUUUUUAUGCACUGCCCCUGGAUGUGGCCAGCGUUUUACCAAUGAGGAUCAUUUGGCUGUCCAUAAACAUAAACAUGAGAUGACACUGAAAUUCGGUCCGGCUCGUAAUGAUAGUGUCAUUGUGGCUGAUCAGACACCAACACCAACUCGAUUCUUGAAGAACUGUGAGGAAGUGGGCUUAUUCAAUGAAUUAGCAAGUCCUUUUGAGAAUGAGUUUAAAAAGGCUUCUGAAGAUGACAUUAAAAAAAUGCCUCUAGAUCUGUCUCCUCUUGCAACACCAAUUAUAAGGAAUAAAAUUGAAGAGCCUUCCGUUGUGGAGACAACUCAUCAAGAUAGUCCUUUACCUCAUCCUGAGUCUACAACCAAUGAUGAAAAGGAGGUGUCACUGCAGCAGACUGCACAGCCUACAUCAACAAUAGUUCGUCCAGCAUCGCUACAGGUUCCUAAUGUUCUACUUACGAGUUCUGACUCAAGCGUUAUUAUUCAGCAGGCAAUACCAUCACCAACAUCUAGUACUGUUAUUACCCAGGCUCCAUCCUCUAACAGACCAAUAGUUCCGGUUCCAGGUCCUUUUCCUCUGCUGUUACAUCUUCCUAAUGGACAAACCAUGCCUGUUGCUAUUCCUGCAUCUAUCACAAAUUCUAAUGUGCAUGUCCCUGCUGCAGUUCCACUUGUUAGACCUGUCACCAUGGUGCCUAGUAUCCCAGGAAUCCCAGGGCCUUCCUCCCCACAGCCAGUGCAGUCUGAGGCUAAAUUGAGAUUGAAAGCAGCCUUGACCCAGCAGCACCCUCAGGUAACAAAUGGAGAUACUGCCAAGGGACAUCCAAGUGGGUUGGUUAGGACUCAGUCAGAGGAACCACGACCGCAAUCACUACAACAACCUGCAACUUCAACAACCGAAACACCGGCAUCACCAGCUCAGCCUACACCACAAACACCAAAUACAGGUGGUCGCCGAAGAAGAGCUGCCAAUGAAGACCCUGAUGAGAAAAGGAGAAAGUUUCUGGAGCGAAACCGUGCUGCUGCUUCCAGAUGCCGACAGAAACGGAAAGUCUGGGUGCAGUCAUUGGAGAAAAAAGCCGAGGACCUGAGCUCACUAAAUGGCCAGUUACAGAAUGAAGUCACCCUGCUGAGAAAUGAAGUGGCACAGCUGAAACAGCUUCUUCUGGCUCAUAAAGAUUGCCCUGUAACUGCCAUGCAGAAGAAAUCUGGCUAUCAUACUGCAGAUAAAGACGACAGUUCAGAAGACAUAUCAGUGCCAAGCAGUCCACACACAGAAGCUAUUCAGCACAGUUCUGUCAGCACUUCCAACGGCGUAAGCUCAACUUCCAAGGCAGAAGCGGUGGCCACCUCCGUUCUCACACAGAUGGCAGACCAGAGCACAGAGCCCGGCCUCUCCCAGAUCGUCAUGGCGCCUCCCUCCCAGUCGCAGCCUUCAGGAAGUUGAUUAAAAACUUGGAUUGCAUCGGUUUCUUAGAUACACAUUUGUGACUUUAAAGGGAAAUCAGCAAAAGACCAGUCUCCAUCUAGGAGAAAUUGUAGCUUAAAAUUUCUCAUUUUUUAAAAUCCAUCUUAAAUUUGGCUUUAACAAUUGGCAGGUGAAGCUGAGACAGAACACCAGUUCUAGUCCCUUUGCAAAAGACUUUUUUUUUUUAAUUCUUAGUUUUACUAGUUCUUUUUUGUGCUUAACGUGUAAAGUGUGUGUACAGUACAAUGUGGUUAUUUCAUUUUUAAUUGGUAUUACUUGAACAAACAUUGGGGUGAAUUACUAAAGGUCAUCCCCAAGACUGUGAUAGUAAUAUUAUGUGACAUUUUUAUACCAAAGUUCUGCAUAGUCCCUAUUGACUUUGUAACAUGAACAAGGUCAUAAAGCACUAGGCAAGAGAAAGACAGUAACAGUAAAUUUGCUUUUAGUCUUUUUGCCUUUUUGUUGUUUUGCACAUUAUGAGAGGAAGAACAUUGGGAGAAAACAUUUGGUUGGCUUUUUAACUGUUGGGGGGUUUAAUUUGUUUAAUAGGGCCAGUACAGUAUAUAAGAUACAGUACUCUUAUGCACAUACCUAUCCUAGAUGAAGAACAUUACUAAAUAGAUUUGAUUUUUUAAAUUUUAUUUUAUUGUAAAUGGAUGUCAGGUGUUAUG